AUGUCUCGUAUAGAAACCAACCCUCAUUUUUCUAGAUCACGACCUGAGUACGUAGCAGAUGAUAAUGAGCAACCACAUAUGCCAUUUGGGCCACGCCAAAAACGUCGUGGCCAACCAUCCACACAAGCAGCUACACCUAUACCAGAUGUAUCGCGAUUUGAGAAUGAAGAUCGUGUUCCAUUACGAACACGACCUCAGCAUGAAGACUUUCCAUUAGAAGAUCAUCCACAACCACCUAUUUUGCAAGAGCCACGCCAUGGCAAAUCAAAAAGAAGUCCUAGUAAGCAGCCAACAAUUCAAGGUUUGCGACCAGUUAAGCCAUCAAAAGUAAAUUUUCAAGAGCCACCUCCCUCUGCUACUGUCCCCCCAACACUGCCGCCACCCGACCAUCCUGCCGAGCGUCGGCAGCAGCCACGCCGUGAGCCCCUCCAUGAUCCCCGCCACAGUGGUAUAAAGUUGCCUAAGGAGCAAAAGUCCCAACCCUUGACAUGGUUAGGUGCUUGCUUGUGUGUAAUAUUUUGGCUUAUCAUAAUUAUAGGAGGGUUAAUAGUCCUUAUAGUGUACUUUGUUUUUCGCCCUCAAAGUCCUCAUUUUGAUGUGUCUAGUGUGACCUUAAACGCUGCAUACCUUGAUCUUGGAUAUCUGCUCAACGCUGAUCUAACCAUGUUGGCUAACUUUACAAAUCCAAACAAGAAGGUACAUGUGGAUUUCAGCUCCGUGAUCAUUUAUCUCUACUACGGAAGUACCCUCAUUGCCACUCAAUAUGUUGAGCCUUUCUCAGCUGCAAGGCUUCAAUCAAGGUUUGCAACUAUCCAUAUGGUCUCUAGUCAAGUUCAACUGCCAUUAAGAGAAAGCCAGCGUCUUGUGAAACAAAUGGAAGGUAAUGGGGUAAUUCUUGAAGUUAAGGGAGUAUUUCGUGCAAGAUCCAAAUUGGGAAGCAUUUUAAGGUAUUCAUAUAAUCUUUACGGUCGUUGCAAAGUUAUGCUAACACGUCCUCCUGAUGGCAUUUUGCUCAAAAAGAAAUGCAGAACAAAGCGCUGA